GCCUCUGCUUCGCUUUGCCUCUGCUUCGCUUCGGAGCAGUUACAAAGAUGGCGUCUGAUCCUGAGCGCCCCACGCGAUCCUCUCUCGCAAAGGUGGGGAAGUCGUCGGGCGAGAUUGGCGACGCCACUCAGGAGCCUCUGAUCAAUGGCAAUGGCGGGAUUCCAGACAGCUACUCCGUUGCUGCUGCAGUUCUUCCAUUUCUGUUCCCUGCUCUUGGAGGACUGCUGUAUGGCUAUGAUAUCGGUGCCACUUCUUGUGCAACCAUUUCUGUCGAGUCGGCCACAUUGAGCGGGAUUUCGUGGUAUGACUUGUCUUCUUUACAGAUUGGUCUCAUCACUAGUGGAUCUCUAUAUGGGGCUUUGAUUGGCUCUGUCUUGGCGUUUAGUAUUGCCGACUUUACAGGUAGUAUCUUUCCCCAUAAACAUUUCGCUCUGAAUUUAGGCUUUACUUCUUCUGUUCUUGGGCGUGAAGUUCGGAUGGUGCAUUUGUAUUCCAGGGAGAAGAAGGGAACUUAUUCUGGCUUCAGUCCGGUAUCUCGUUGGAGCUCUCAUAACAGCAUUAGCACCGGAUUUUGCUGUUAUGGUGGUUGGGCACUUUGUGUUCGGUAUCAUAACAGUAAGAAGACCGAUGCAUCAUUCACUGAACUGAAGAUUGCGUGA